UGUUGUCUUCUCGAGCGUGCGAUGGCGGCGGCGGCUGGAAGCCAAUGUUUUCUACAAGGUGCCUUUGGCUUUUAAGGCGCUCUCUCAGAGAAGUGCAACACAAUAGAGUAGGGAUUCCAGCUCAAGUGAUACAGCAUAUUCAUAAUUUCCCCAUGAAAUAUAUCCUGGUAACUGGUGGUGUCAUUUCGGGUAUUGGCAAAGGAAUUAUUGCAAGCAGCAUAGGUACCAUCCUGAAAUCAUGUGGCCUCCGAGUAACUGCAAUCAAAAUAGACCCCUACAUUAACAUCGAUGCUGGAACGUUCUCACCAUAUGAACAUGUUGUACCUCAUAUUACUGAUGCUGUUCAAGAAUGGGUAAUGAAUCAGGCAAAAGUUCCUGUGGAUGAUGAUAAGAAAGAACCACAGAUAUGUGUAAUUGAAUUGGGUGGAACUAUUGGAGAUAUUGAGGGAAUGCCCUUUGUAGAAGCUUUUCGACAGUUUCAAUUUAAGGCCAAAAGAGAGAACUUUUGCAAUAUUCAUGUCAGCUUAGUACCACAGCCUAAUGCUACUGGUGAACAGAAAACAAAGCCUACUCAAAACAGUGUCCGUGCUUUAAGGGGACUUGGUCUUUCUCCUGAUUUGAUAGUCUGUAGAAGUACUAAACCUAUAGAAAUGGCUGUAAAAGAAAAGAUUUCAAUGUUUUGUCAUGUAGAACCUGAACAGGUAUGAGAGGAUGCUAAAGAGCUGUUCUGUUGCUCUAGUUGGAAAGUAUACAAAACUGAGUGAUUGCUACACCUCUGUUUUCAAGGCAUUAGAGCAUUCAGCUAUAGCAAUUAAUCACAAACUUGAUCUAAUGUAUAUAGAUUCAACAGACCUUGAACCUGCUAUGGAGGCUGAGAAUCCGGUGAGAUUCCAUCAGGCUUGGCAGAAGCUAUGUAAAGCAGAUUGCAUAUUAGUACCUGGAGGUUUCGGCCAUAGGGGAACUGAAGGAAAACUUCAAGCCAUUUCAUGGGCAAGAAAGAAGAAAAAGCCUUUUCUUGGAAUUUGUCUGGGAAUGCAGCUGGCAGUAGUGGAAUUUGCAAGGAACUCUCUAAACUGGCAAGAUGCAAAUUCAACAGAAUUUGACCCCAAUACAAAGAAUCCUGUUGUCAUUGAUAUGCCUGAACAUAAUCCUGGUGACAUGGGAGGAACAAUGAGACUAGGGAAAAGAAAAACUAUCUUUAAGACAGAAGACUCUUUGUUAAGGAAUCUUUAUGGCAAUGAAGCUUUUGUGGAAGAACGACAUAGACAUCGCUAUGAGGUAAAUCCUGAAUUGAUUCACUUCUUUGAAGAUAAAGGCUUGAAGUUUGUUGGACAUGACACAGAAGGAAAGAGAAUGGAGAUCAUUGAACUGGAUGAUCACCCAUAUUUCAUUGGUGUUCAGUUCCAUCCUGAGUUCUCUUCCAGACCUAUGAAGCCUUCACCUGCCUACCUUGGCCUAUUACUUGCUGCAACAGGAUCACUUAGCACAUACUUGCAACACGGAUGUAAAUUGUCUCCUAGAAAGAAUGACAGUUAUAGUGACCUGAGUGAAGAGGAUUUUCCAGAAAAAGAAACAAGCUUAACAUGUUCAGGACUGCAAGAAAAGCACAAAGAACACAGGUAAGCCUAUUCUAUUCUCCCCACCUCUCUAACAAUGGGAUUGCUCCCGAAUUUUCUUCCAGGCAGCAGAAGAAGGAGAAAUUUCCUGACAGUGAAAACAAUUAAUCAGUGGAAAGAGUUGCCUUCUUAAGAGAAGAGUGCCUUCUUUUUAAGAAAAGAUUGGACAGACAUUUGUCUG